GGAAAAUCGACUUCGUUUCGUUUUCAUCCCGUGGUUGUCGGCAUACGAUAACCAACCAAUAUUGAGGUAAGUACAACGUUUACAAGGGAUUGAAAGCUGUUUUAGAAGAGUAAAAGUGCUGAGGUGAAUCAUUAAAUUGUAAUGAAAUAGGUAAGUGCAAGUAUCAUUAAUAAAUGCAUUAAUAAAGAAGACUCCCUUGGCUGACAACGUUCAUUUGCAUUCAUACCGAAUUCCGAAGUCGUUAUCAAGUACAGUUCACCUACGUACCCUACACAUAGCUGAAGGUGUUGCAAUAAGAUCGACUAAACUGGAACUUUGUAUCCAAAAAGAACACAUCCAGACCCUGUUCCUACCGUGGCCAAAAUUGGACUGAUGAUUCCUCUAAUCACCAAGAGUGCUUCUCAUCCUUAAAUUUCUUGGUUAUUUCCUUCUUCGCUUAUUGUUAAAAUUGUUAUACUUAUUCGUCAUAAUUCAUACCCUUCAUGCAAACAUUCAACACUACCGAACCUUUCAUUUAUACUAUCCAGACUUAUAAGUGAUAUCAUGUGGUGAUUGACAAUUUCUAUCUCUGUAUUGUUUCAAUACUUACUGUUGAUUGUUAAUAUUUCUUAUAUGAAUUGCAUAAUAAUUCCGCUAAAUACAAAUUCCUGAGUUCUGCCCUCUUGUAAGGCAUGGUAAGUUUGGCGGUUUUCUAAUGUUCAAACUAUGCUUGUCUACUUUCAGGUUGGCUGCGAAGUAUGCAGGGAUUGGUUACCCAAGACGAGGCAACGGAUGACCAAUAGGAGUGCCCUUCCCUCUUAUCUAAUUGUAUUGCGAUUGGUUGUAAAUAUAAUACUUGACCUUGAGUCUUCGUUCUUACUAGCACGCAACACUUGUGUGAUCACGCUGCUAACGUGCGCUUUGCUCUCUGUUUCAGAUCAUUGCUUGACGAGUGGGAUUACAUAAAUGGCGAGCCUGCCAACGAAAAAACUUUCUUCUUCCAAGUCUCGACCCAAUGAGGCUUCCAAGAACACUUCGCCUGUCAAAGAGACAGCAUCCAACGAGGUGGAUCAAUUAGCUGAAGUGAGGGCUCCAGCUUUUCAGUCAAAUCAGCCUGCUUCGCGAUAUGUCCAUCCCUUGCCGCAUACACUGGAGGUGGGUGAUGAUUUCGAGCUGUGGUCGGACAAGGUGUGCCGAUACAUUGAUCUGAUGAACGUGCCUCACCCGAACGCAUUCGUCAUCGAUUCUGUUGGACGGUCCUUGGAAAUGUACACAAUUGGUUUGGAUUACGUGCAUAUGCCCUUGACCACCCUGUUGAGUACUCUAAGAGCACGUAUAGUGCCACCAAUACCUCCCAUUGAAGCGCUGAAAAGAUUCAGCGAGUGUAACCAGAGACAAGGUGAAUCUAUCAACCAGUUCACCUUACGUCUCCGCAAGCUUGCGCGUCAAGCUAUGCAGGACAAGACACAUUCAGAGGUUGAAAACGCUAUAUAUUCCAAGUUCUUGCAGGGUGUCGACGUCCGUUACAGGAAGGACUUCAACUUGCACACUCCAGCAUCCAUGGCAGAAGCGGAAGCUAGGGCACGCCUAGUGGAAAGCCUGGAAGAGCCAGGAACCACAUGCCCACAAGUAAACGCAAUGGGAUAUCAGCACACAACAACAAAGCAUGCACAGAAUCCUACACCACCGUGGAAAGGACGCCCACAGUCGCAAUCCACUUCAAGAAACGAUUGCUACUACUGCAGGCGGUUUGGUAAGCUUGCUAGGAGUUGUGGUCACAAUGCAG